CCUUAAAUCAGGUCAAAGUAAAGAUAACAAACAGGUUUUAUCGACCUUCCCGCUUUUUCUACUUAAACACGUGGUUCCGGUUCAGCGGUUCAUGUUGUGAUAAUAUUUAACCUUCAUAUUUCGCUGUUGUAACUGUUGUCUUUUUUAUUCUGAUUGUGCAUAAAUAAAGUUCGGAUACCUUUCUUGACUAAAUAAGGACAAAAUGAGCGUCAUCAAUUCUCCGCGUGAUGCAGGACGCUACAUCGCAGAGAACAGCAAAGACGUUAAAAUAAAUGACGUCGGCGUCAAAAAAGUCGCCGAAAUUAUGGCAGAAUGUGUAAAAUCCGGGACAUACAGCAUCAAAAGCUGGAAAAAACAUGAGCUCAAUCCUAGCAUUAUGGACGAGGCGGCACUAAACUGGAUUUUCGUGGCGGACACGCUGAAUUUCUCGUUCUGGUCGGCGGAUGAGGAGCAAAAAUAUGUGGUGAAGUACAAGGGGAAGGAACAUACAGGUUACUGGUCAUUGUGCGCUGCCAUGAACCGAGCGCUGGAUGAAAAAAUACCGCUGACGGACCCAAAAUACUUCGCGUCAAUCACCAAGGACCAACUAGCGCACGUGCUACGCUCGGACUCGAGCACGGAGAUCCCGAUGUUCGAGGAGCGACUCGAGGUCCUUCGGGAAGCGGGAACCGUUAUGAUGGAGAAAUAUGGCGGGAAGUUUGUAAAUGUGAUAAAGAAGUGUGAGAAUAGCGCCCAGAGCCUGCUAAAGAUUGUCACUGACGAUUUUCCUUCUUACCGGGACGUGACAGAGUUCUGCGGGAAAACUGUAGCGAUAUACAAGCGGGUACAGAUCCUGAUAGCGGACAUCUGGGCGUGUUUUGAGGGGCAAGGGUUCGGCGAGUUCAGGGAUAUCGACACGAUCACCAUGUUCGCAGACUACCGGAUACCACAGGCGCUACUUUUCUUCGGGGUUCUAGAGUACUCGCCUGAGUUGAUGGAGUACCUGAAGAAAGACAGCAUGAUGAAGUCAGGUGACCGUUACGAGGUGGAAAUCCGGGGCUGCAGUAUCUGGGCAACGGAGCUGGUCAACGAGGAGACCCGACGGAAUCUGGGCGCCCAGCUCAGAGGAGGGGACGAGCCCGAUGGUAAUAACCGGUCUGUGGGUCAGAACCAUACUGGGAGUGGAGAUCUUCUGGUGAACUCCAUCCUCAUCGACCACUACUUGUGGGAUUACCGUCGGGAACGUGCCGACGAAAUGACGGACAUCCCCUUCCAUAAGAUUAGGUGCAUCUACUAUUGAAUGCAUCACAAUAAUGGUGGAAUGUUGCGAAGCUCAUGUGAACUUUUGAAUUA